AUGCACGAGCUGCUCUAUUCGGGCCGAUUGCUGGCAUUGACUACCGACGACGCUCAGGUUCAGCACGAAGCCGUCUCGUUCCUACAGCGCCUGGUCGAACCUGUACUGGUUGUGAGUAUCCAUGGACCAGCGCACAGCGGCAAGACGUCGCUUGUCCGCCGUCUCUUCGACCUCCACGACGACGAUACUGCAACUGAAGGCGUGUGGCUCUAUGUGACACGAGUCAAUUUCCAGAAUGCCACCUACUUGGCAAUCGUGGACCGACCGGGAUUCCGAGAGUCGCAGCCACUCGAUAGGUUGUUGUACUUGAUCUUUGCAAGCUUGAGCAGUGCGGUGGUCCACCAUGUGGAUGGCCAUUUAUCUGCUACGACGCUGGAUCAGUUUGCGAUCUUUGGUGCUAAGCAAGGUCAAAGCGACGCACCGCUACCAUCUGACUACGAUUUUCCUCAGUCUCCAAAACUGCUUUGGGUGCUGCAAAAUGUUUCGACGAGCGAGCUGAAGCAGCAUGUGCAGGAGAGUGGACUGUCGUUGCAGGAAACUGAAGAGGCAUAUUUGUGCAAUGCAUUGGCCGCUUUGCCGGAGGAUUCGCCAGGUGUAGGAUUCGUCAGACUUCUCGGGAAAGUGUUUCCUGAUCAGGGAUGUUUCGCUGUUCCUCCACGAGAAUCAGAGGCGUUUCAGAAGCGAGUGGAGAAACUGUCGCGAGUCUUCACACAGUCGGUGCACAAUCGCUAUCUCGACAGCAUUGUGCUAAAUGGCCCGCUCAUUGGUGUACUCAUGGCGUCAAUGCUAGCUCGUCGCGACAACAUCUCAACGGUGUUUCGGGGACAAGUCUGGAAAGACACGAUCUUCAGCUGCUGCCAUAAUGUUGUCGAGAACGGGGUCAAGCUUUACAAGUUUUGGAUGUCCGAACGACUCGGCAGCAUCGUCGAUAUAGCAGACGUAGAACCUCUACAGUCGACGCUGGCUUCUUCUCCAGAAAAGCCAGCAGUAGUCGAGCUACCAUGUGAGCACCAAGUUCUUCUCGAUGCGCAUGAUGUUGCAAAACGUAAAGCAAAGGCAACUCUUCGCACGAUACCUGUCCAGUCCGAAAAGCAGAAGGUGUUGUUCAAGAAAUUAUUCCGUGACUCGGUGGAGUCUGUAUUAGGCACAAUUUGGGACGAAAAUGACCGCAUUUCAUCGGAGGUGUGCCAAGCAACGCUCGCUGCACUCCACACGACGAUGAGUGAACAAAUCGAUUUGCGAUUCGCGUUGAGCCCUCAAAAUGACCGAGACUCGUACUCUUGUCAGUCGGCCGAUUUUAAGAGAUUUUAUCACCGCUAUCAAGCAAAUUUGUUCAAACUGAUGAUCGAGUAUACGGAUCAAGCGAAAGGCCCAGUCAAGAAACAAGAGCUCGCAAAGUUCAUGCACAACGUCAUUCGACCACAGCUCGCAGAGCUGUCAGACACACUGGAAAAAGUUCGCCGGCAUGAUGUAGAUGAGGUUCAGGCGGACAUUGCAACGAAAGAGCAAGAAAUCAAGGAGCUAAACAAUCAGCAGAGAUUGUACCAGGAAUUGACAACGGAUACGCAAAAGGACGUCAAUAGACAGCUGGUUGAAGGCGCCGAGCUCCAUGCGUUGCGGAAAGAGGCGCUCGUUCAAGCCAUUAACGACCUGACCAAGAUGCAUGCGAUGGCCACUGAGCAAAAAGAUCUGCUGGAAGAAGCUGCUUUCGUUUCGGUCCAACUUCCUGAACAAAAAGUCAUCGAAGCCGCCCAGGAUAAAAAAGAGGAAGUGACAGAGCUGCAAGGCUACUUGAUCAAGCAAGGUGGUGGUGGAAACGUACUCAACCUCCUAGGCCGAAAGAACUGGAAGCGACGAUACUUUAUUCUCAUCGGUGCAAACUUGAUCUACGCGAAGACGAAGGAUGAUUACGAGCGGGGAAAAGUCAUCAAGGAACUGAGCUUGACCGGUUGCCGCAUCGACCCAUCUCGUGAUGCGGGCGAAGGACUUGAUAUCACUCCAGGCAAAGCCGCGCACGUGUUUGCAUUGCAACGGGGCCUGUUCGAGAAGAAUAGCAAGAAACGCUCGUCGGCAGCCGAUACGGGUCGCAUUUUUAAGCUUCGUGCUCAAAACAUACAAGAGCGUGACAUUUGGAUCGACAAGCUACGUCAAGCGGCUGGAGGCUACUGA